UCUUCUUCCUUGCUUAGGUUAAGCCAGUAAACGCGUCAUUUGUCGCAAGUGCGCAUUCUUGACAGUUUGGGUUGGCGGGGUGGCUGAGGUCUAAAUGGAUGCGUGCAGCUGAAGCUUUCGCCUGGAGAGGAGGAAGUUAGCUGGUGCAAAUGUCAGCGAGAGCGGACUGAAGUUUAUCGGAACGAUGCAGAAGCCGGGGAGCUGGCUGAGACCUACCUGAAUCAGCGCGGCCAAAGGCUGCCAUUAUAAAGGCCUGCAUGGAGAACCCGUCCCCAACAGACCGGCGGCUGGCGUGGGCGCGCACCAGCCGGCACUGGGUCACUUUGGAGGACAGGGACCCCCAGGAGCCCCGCGUGCCCGCCACCCCCUCUGACACCCUACCGGAUGAUGACGUCUUCUUGGAAGGAUGCUGCGCAGGAAAGAUCGAGAGCUGGCUCCGAGGCUGCGGGCCAGAGCAGGGUGCCGAAGACCCCAGUCACAUGACUGUUGAGGCUUUGCUGAAAGCCAGCAGCAGUUUUGAAGAUGACCUGAGUCUUGGUGCAGAAGCCACUGUGUUAAAUAUUGAAGAGGAUGGACCAGAGACAGGAACCUGCCCUCUACUGCUGUCUCCACCCAGGCCUCGUCAGAAACGUCCGGACACCAGCCUCCAGCAGAAACUCAGCCUGCCAUUGGUCAACCUGGGUCACAGCAUGGCGUCUAGCGGCCUUUCAUCCGAAACCAGCAAGACAGCAUCCAGCGUGUCAGAGGUGCUGCAGCUCUGUGCGGAGGACGCGGAGGAGACGCUGUACCAGCUGGGUUUUGGCUGUGACGAGCUGCAGGUCCCCGCCCGCAUCCCCGCCCGCUUCUUCAGCUUCCCGUCCCGGCUUCGCGGCAUCAACUUCCGCCUCUUCCUGGAGUCGCAGCUGCGCCGGCUGCGCGAGGAGGACCCGGGCCUGUCGCUCGCCAGUCGUUUCCGGCAGGUGGAGGUGCUGACGGCGAUGGCUAACGCCUUCUACUCGCUGUACUCGCACGUGUCGCGGACGCCGCUGCAGAAGCUGGCCCCGCCCGAGCUGAGCUUCUCGCCGUCGCCCGUGGAGACCAAGAUCGGCUCGCGGUUCUUCAGCAACGUCCGCAGCGAGCCCCGCUCGCCCGUCGAGCGCUUCAAGGACACCGUCUCCAAAAUGUGCCUCUACACAGGCCCCUCCCUCUCCCGCGGCCCAGACCCCGCCUCCCCGCGCAAGCGCCGCAGCCUGCCCGACGUGGUCGGCAUGGUAAUAGGGAGCGUCAGGUCAGAGGUCCUGUUGCAGGACCAGGAAGCUGGGGACAAGGCCCAGGGGAAGGCCGACGAAGAGGGGGGGGACCCUGGGGAAAGGGGCGGGGUCAGGGAGACGGACAGCGGAAGAGCCGCUAGACCUGAACCGGACAGCACUAAGUGCCAGGCGGCAGUUCGUCCGCGACGUUCCAUUUCUGGCAAGUUCCGGCCCGGUUCGGAGCCCAGCCCUGCUCCUGGUCUGGCCGGCCCAGCGGAACCCUUGGCCUCGCGACUCGAACCCGGUGCCGGCUGUGCUCCCAUUCGCAAGAUCACCCAGGACGUCAUCUGCCCUCAAAUCACAGAGAGCGUCAGACUGGCUCCAUUCAGGUCGCUCAAAAGAGCGCCCCCUCCUGGAGGGGUUCCCUUGCAGGACACGUCCACUGACCCCCCGGCCUGCGGGGGUGGGUCCGGGACGGACCAGGCCGUCCGAAACACAGGCGCAGGGGCCGGGAGUGUAGAAAAUAAACCUGUGCGGGACGAGGCCUGUUUGGCCGGAAUCGGACCGCCGGACCCCCUGCCCACGCCUCCCCCCGUCCUCUCCGCAGAGCCGUCGCCUUGCCGCAUCACCGUGACCGGGUGGGAGGGGGACGUUGCCGCCGGUUACGCGGACGCGCCCAGUCACGCCAGGCCCAAUGUGAUCGCCCCUACCUCAGACUCCGGGGGCUGCCCAAAUUUCCUGAGCCCCAACAGAGCUCCGUCCCUGGGGCAGGAGCCGCGUCCCGGCGAUCAGCAGGCGAACUCCUUUGAGCUGGAGGAGGUUCACAGUGCUGGUGAAGACGAUGGUCCCGCUCUUCUGUCCCAGGUUCAAAGUGCGGGGGAAGACGAUGCUGGACCGACAGACGGCCGGACUGUCAUGGCCGCAGCUCCACUGUCUGCCGUCAAAAGACACCAAGAUGUUAUUCUGAGGGGUGACAGUCUGCAGUCAGACAGCAGCGGCUACGCUGAGGAAGACUGUAACCCUUCCUCACUCUGACCGACAAUCUCCUGCAGUUCACCAUGCUCUUCCUCACCCUGAGACACACUCCCACAGCUCACCAUGCUCUUCCUCACCCUGAAAGACACACUCCCACAGCUCACCAUGCUCUUCCUCACCCUGAGACACACUCCCACAGCUCACCAUGCUCUUCCUCACCCUGAGACACACUCCCACAGCUCAUCAUGCUCUUCCUCACCCUGCAAAACACACUCCCACAGCUCACCAUGCUCUUCCUCACCCUGAGACACACUCCCACAGCUCAUCAUGCUCUUCCUCACCCUGAAAGACACACUCCCACAGCUCACCAUGCUCUUCCUCACCGAGACACACUCCCACAGCUCAUCAUGCUCUUCCUCACCCUGAACGAUACACUCCCACAGCUCAUCAUGCUCUUCCUCACCCUGAAAGACACUCCCACAGCUCAUCGUGCUCUUCCUCACCCUGAAAGACACUCCCACAGCUCAUCGUGCUCUUCCUCACCCUGAAAGACACUCCCACAGCUCAUCGUGCUCUUCCUCACCCUGAACACUCCUGCCGCUCACCAUGUUCUUCCUCACCCUGAACACUCCUGCAGCUCACCAUGCUCUUCCUCACCCUGAACACUCCUGCAGCUCACCAUACUCUUCCCACUCUGAGGACUCCUGAAGCUCACCAUGCUCUUCCUCACCCUGAAAGACACAGUCCCCCAGCACGUCAGCCACUUCCACAGCAGAAAGAUCUAGAAGCGCCUGCCGUAGCUACUAAAGGACGGACCUGCAAUAAGGGACUGCCCUUGACUUUGCAUGUUUCGGGUUCUUUGCAUGAUAUUCGCCAUUGGACUGGCCGACUGGGGACGGUUUGCCAAGACGGAGCACGGCCCGUCCCUGCAGUUACACAAACCUUCAGCUACGGCUAAAAUACCACCAUUAUGACUUUGGACAUCCAGAGAAAACAGUACACUCCUUUCCCGAAGGCACCUCCAUUCGCUAAAAAUGAUAAGAGUAGGAGUUAUAUCCCAGUGAUAUUACAUCCUCAUUUGCCUGUAGAUUUGGUUUUGACUUAUGAAAUCCAGGCCUCUCCUGUCUUUCGGGGGGUAAGGCAGUUUGCGAGAUUAUGGCGUGGAGUUCUACUGUAUGCAGUAGAUAUUUACGGCUCGCCACAGAAGGACCCGCUACGCUCGCUGGGAGACUGCAGUCAGGGUCCAGGGCCCCGCGUUCGUCGGACCGUUUAUGACAGAACGCGUCUUUUAUUCUGUAUCCUCCUGCCUUUCUUUAUUUAUGAAUCAUAUGUAGUGUAAUUUAUUAAAAAUCAACCAGUCUUAUGCA